GUUGUUUCGCAUCAUUUGUCACACUAGUACAAAUUAAUUUGAUGAGUAAAGUACAGAAUAAAAAGUUGAUGACAAACUUGCAACAAAAAUUUGCCUCGGAAUGCGAUCCGAAUUCUAUUGAAAUGGAAAGAUUAAAAGAGUUAGAAAAGUUUAAAGUAUUAGAAGAGUCAGAACAGUUAAAAAAGUUAGAAGAGUUAGAAAAGUUAAAAAAUUUCGAAGAGUUAGAAAAGCUAAAACAGUUAGAAGAGUUAGAAAGAUCAAUGGAACCUAAGGAAAUCACACAAUGUCCAGUAGGGUCGUAUACCUGGAUUUUUACAAAAACUACAGUGCAUAAUACAGAUAUAACUGACCUAAAAGUCCGGUUUGAAGCUGAUAAGGAAGAAACUGCUAGCCGUGAUUUUGAAUCACCACAACAAAUAUUUUCUUUUCUUGUUGUCUUAGGCAUUAUGGUUUUGGCUUUUGCCCAUUCUUUGCAUCUUUUAUUAAGACCUACUAGUGAAUAUGCUUAUGAUCAACCAAGUUAUACUGAUGAUGAUAAUAAUCCUUGGAAUCUUGUUCCAUCAUAUAAAAUUAUUUCACCUAAUGGUACUGUGGAAGGGUCAGCAAUUAUUGAAACUCCUGAUGAAAAUACAAACUUGUUUUCGAUGUUUAGUACUUCUUUAUUAGCAGUUUACUUUAUGUUAACAGAAAAUGAGGAAAUCGCACAAAAUUUAUUGCCGGCGAUCAGGAAAAUUGUUAAAACUAAAUAUUCAACUGUAAACUCUGCUAAAGACUCAACUGAUGAAUCUAUUAAGGUUGCUGAUGAAUCACAGAAUAAUGUACUUAAAGUUCAAAUAGAUGAAGCAUUAAAAGAUAUAGUAAAAGCUCAAAUUGAUGAAGCAUUAAAAGGUCCAAUUGAUAAAUUUAACAAACUAAUUGAAUUAAUUGAAAAAAAGGAUAAAGAUAGUACCUCUUCUG